GAGCGGGUUACAGUGCCCAGAUCACUGGUCUGAUAAACACACCCUCAGGGUCGCAGGUACAAGGCCUGCCUGUCCUAAGCAGAUGCCCAGGAAGUGGUUUUUUUCAUCGCUCCUGCUUCCAGCACAAGCCUCUGGCUGUGCCCCUCUCUCCCCUCCAAGUCUGACCUUGUCUCAGGUCCAUUUGGGGGAACUGAUGCAUUCCUAAGCCUGCCAAAAGCCCCAACCUUCCCUUGGCUGGCCAUGAGUGACAUGUGGGGCACAAAUACACAGGGUAUGGUACUGUUCCCAACUGAUCCUACCAUAGCUAUCUGUAGUGGGACCCCUAUUCCAUGUCCUGCAUACCACAUGUAUGCACAUGUGUAAGUAAAUAUGAAUGCACAUGUGAGUGCACUGCAUGCCCCGUACACCUGCGUGCAUACGUACAUGUGUGCUCGCACAGGCACAUGCAGUGCCGUGCAUUUCAGGGUGCAAGCCCAGUUAUGCCCGUGCACUUCUCUCCCACAGAGGCUUUCGAAUGCCCUGCAGCCCCAAGUUAGGACACCCUGCUGUCUAAUCCUGCAACUCCUGUGACUCUCUUCCCACUUUAUCAUUACUCUUUAUAGAUUGUUAUCCUGCUGUCCCGGAAGGCCCACUAAUCCUUAACUUGCUCACCGGUGUCUCCCCAGAGCCUGGCGGGCUGCUUAGCAGGUAGUUAGAUGCACAAGAAAUAUUUGUUGAGUGGGAAAAAAAGAAGGAACAGACUUCAAACUGAUAAAGGAUGUUGUCCCAAAUAUUUUUAGAGUAUCUUUUAACAAAGUGGCCAGUUUCAGAUUAAGCGCAGGGUUUGACAAGAAAAUAUCUUUGCAGCAUCAGAUUUCAAGCAGCCCGGUUAGUCGUCCUUUUAGAAGGAUCGGAAAGAAUGCAGAAUUGAAAACAGGACCUUGCCCAUCUAAACAUCUAUAAAGUCUUAACUGUUUUGCAAAAGUUCCUGUCACAGGAAUAACUUAUUGGGCAGUGGUUUAGCAAGGGGCAUGGCUUAUUCCUCCUCCUUGGUCCCUGGAAAUUUCUAACCUAAACCCUUCAGGUGACUUUCUUCUCUGGCCCACUCUCAACCAAGUGGUUAUAGAAUCCCAGGAGCUCCUUCCCCGGGAAGAGGCUUUUGGUCCAGCUGAGCACAGGAGCUAAGACAAAAAAUGUGCAGGCUCCGCCCCUUCAAGAAAAGGAAAACUCGAUGUGGCUGCAGAGCAGCUUGUCUUGCUGAGUGGCUUCGUGUGGCCUCUGUUCAUUUCCUUCAACGUUGAGUCCCUGCUAUGUGCCAGGCUCAGAGAUGAUGAAAAUGUGGUCACAGAAGAGAGACACUUGCCACCGUAGUUGUUGGGGCCCUUUGGGAGCACCUGGAAGGGGCGCCAGAGCUGGGGUGGUCCGAGAACUGCAGAAGUUCUGCAGGGGUGUGUGGAAGAAGGGCGGGGGGAGAUAGAGUGGGAGAGGCAGGGUCCGGGGGAAGGCAGGCUGAGCAUCAGUCUAAGGGCUGGGCUUUCUCCUGCAGGAAAUGGGGAGCCAUGGAGGGUGGUGACCAGACCACGGUGGGCUGUUUGGACUGGGUGGGACAUACCACUGGCUGAUGCCCCGUCCCCAGGCAGGUCUGUCACUACUGUCCAUUGUGGUUCGUUCACCCGUCACUCACUCUCCUUGCCGUCUCCAGUGAGAACUGAGAUGUGACUGCACUUCAUUAAAUUCCACAAAAUGUUUGAACGACCUGAGCUCCGACCCCUCUGGCCUCCUGCAGGGAAAGACCUCCCCGCUGCCGCCGUCCGCCCAGGAUGCCUCAUGCUUGCUCGGGACCGUCCCUCGAGAGUCCGGCCGCCGUGUUCCUAGUGUGGCGCUAGAGAUUGUGUCGAGUGCGUUGAAGGGGUUGCUGCGGCUGCUUUUAUUUAUUUAUUUUCCUUGCCUGGACUGGGCCUCACCCGCCUCCCGCUGACAUGAUGGCCCAGUCGAAGGCCAACGGCUCGCACUACGCGCUGACCGCCAUCGGCCUGGGGAUGCUGGUCCUGGGCGUCAUCAUGGCCAUGUGGAACCUGGUACCCGGGUUCAGCGCCGCGGAAAAGCCGACGGCUCAGGGCAACAACAAGACCGAGGUCGGCAGCGGCAUUCUGAAGAGCAAGACCUUCUCGGUGGCCUACGUGCUGGUGGGCGCCGGAGUGAUGCUGCUGCUGCUGUCCAUCUGCCUGAGCAUCAGGGACAAGAGGAAGCAGCGGCGAGGCGAGGACAUGGCGCACGGCCAGCAGCCGACCACAGGGGCCGGGCCGCACACCCAGGAGGAGGACAGCCAGGAGGAGGAGGAGGAGGCCGCCUCAAGGUACUAUGUCCCCAGCUACGAGGAAGUGAUGAACACAAACUACCCAGAAGCAAGGGUGGUGGACCAGAACCCGAGGUUGAGCAUCUCUCUCCCCUCCUACGAGUCACUGACGGGCCUGGACGAGAUGGCCCCCACCAGGGCUGACCUGGAGACCAGCCCGGGGAAUCCACCCGACAGGCAGAACUCUAAGUUGGCCAAACGCCUGAAACCGCUGAAAGUUCGAAGGAUUAAAUCUGAAAAGCUUCACCUCAAAGACUUUAGGAUCAACCUCCCAGACAAAAACAUCCCCCCUCCUUCCAUUGAGCCUUUGACACCUCCGCCACAGUACGAUGACGUCCAGAAGGCCCCUGACACCCGGCCACCUGACUGAAUGGCCCCUCUCGAGCCGUGUUCCCUCCUGUCUCUCUCGCCCUCCACACCAACAGACAGUAACAAAGCCCUUCAGCCUCGGCUGAGCGGAGGGGCCAGCUAUGCACUUAGCAGUUUGGAUGGGGGGUGGGAUUCUCUGUGUCAGGAGUGACUCUGAUAUUCCACAGAGCCUCGUGUGGCAGGUGCAUCCAAAAGAGAUGCGGCCUUGGAACCUGUGAGCCUGUGGACCACGUCAAGGGCACAGCACGGGCAUCUUCCUCAUCUUCCUCAUCCUCUUUCUUCAACUCUGAAUCGUGGACGACACACUCCUCUUUCCAGCUAGGAAAGGACACCUAGCGACUGGCUUAGAUUGUGGUUGUUGCGUUUUGCUUCCACUGUUUUGUUUCAAAAAGAAAACAAGUGUUGUGUUUGCUUCCUUCACUGGAGUCCUAAACUGUGGGCAGGAAAUAAGACUGAGCUUUGUAGAAAACACCGAAGCUGUUUCGUGUAUCGAGUGGUGAGGCCCAGGUGGCGGCUCGCUCCGGGGCCCCUGACCCCGGCGGUUCUUUGAGGGCCUAAGGCCUGAUGACCUUCAGCGUGUGAUGUGUAAGAUGACAGUCUUCGUUGGUCACUGUACUAGUCUCUUCUGUGUAACAGCAAAAAAAGAAAAAAAAUGUAGGAAAUGUUCUUGCCUAGCGACAGAGUUUUUAUAAUAAAAUGUUU